UCACUCGCACACAGUUUUCUUGAUACGUUUUUCUGCGAGAGAAAAGCGGGACCCGCGAUGGAAAAAUAUGAAUAAAUUCUGUGCUCUUAAAAAUUAUUGAUUUUUCAUCAGUUAAAUAAGCGACGCAGCUAAUUUCAUACGCAGCUAGCGGUCAAAAACAUAUAAGCGGCACUCCAGUAUUUACUUAAAAUCUAGUCUAAAAAGUUUCUAUAUUCUUUGUACUUAUAUAAUCUGUGAUACAUUUGGAUUUGUGCAAUUUAUCGGCCAAAGAUAUAUUAUGUUUAACUAAUUGGUUAUGGAAACCAAUAUGGCGUUACCUCCACAGCAGUUUUGCGUGAGGUGGAACUCCUAUCAUACUAAUUUACAGUCAGUAUUCCCUCGUCUUCUCCUCACGGAGCAGUUCGCCGAUGUGACAUUGGCCUGUGAGUCUCGGCAGUUAAGAUGCCACAAGUUGGUUCUCUCUGCCUGUUCGGCCUAUUUAGAGAGACUACUGCUUCAGAAUCCAUGCAAGCAUCCCAUCGUCCUUAUGAGGGAUAUGAGGUUCAGUGAAAUGCAAGCGUUAGUGGAUUUCAUGUAUAAAGGCGAAGUUAACGUAACUCAGGAAGAACUCCCCAGCCUACUCAAGUCCGCCGAAGCGCUGCAGAUCAGAGGCCUCUGCUCGAGUGAACCCGGUUCGCUGUCAGAACUUAAGACUGAGAACAAGGACUAUUCGGUGGCGAGCGAAGCCUUGGUUGCGCACGCGCAGCGAGACAAUACUAACGGUCAGCAACAGCAAAAGGUGACAACGAACGGACAGAAGAAGCGUAAAUCGGAAGAGAGGGAGAGGGGUUCCGAAGUGAAAGAGGAGACGGUAGAAGAAGAUGGACUUUACUACGGCGAGUUGGACCAGGAUCAUAUGGAGUAUCAGGAGGAAGAGGAAACUAGCAAACCCGGAAGUAGCUUAGGACAAACUUCGGCUCGUAAACCCUACUUACGCGUGAAGCCCGAGAGCGAAUUGUUUUUUGAAACGAAGUUACAGAAUUUAGCCAACUCCCAAUACAUAAGUAAACUAUCGAAAAUGACCCCGACGGAAAUACAAAACGAAUUUUCUAAAUAUGGUAUCACCAAUGUGAGUGACGAUUUCGUCCAGAAAACCUUAGAAAACGACUACUACAAGUCCUGGUUGGAACAAAACGGCGAAUUAGAAGUGUCCCUAUUGAAAGCGAACCAAAUCAAAAAGAAAAACGAGGCGAAAAACCAAAAAUCUGAGGUCGAACUUAUUCCACGACCGAAGGACGCCGCUAAAGAAGUUUACCCUAAAAUUGGGGAAAAGACGAUCAGGCGUCGCGGGCGUCCACCGAUUUUUAAGGACAAAAACGUUGACAUCGGCGACACAGUAUUGAAAGCAGAUUUGGAUCAAUUUCUGGAGGGGAAAGAAGUUAGUUCCUCGGGGCUUUCGAGGAAGGACUUGGAGAGAGUUAUGAUGGGAAAGUUCAAUCCCAACAGGCGGUAUUCUAACGAAGCUAUGUGGGCAGCCCUCAUGGAUGUCAAGAAGGGAGGGAGUAUUUACAGAGCUGCUCAAACCCACAAGGUGCCGAGAAAAUCGCUACGUAAUUGGAUGAAGAGAUGCCACAUUAAAUCUUCGUUCCCGAUGCCGCAACAGCUGAAACAGUUUGUGGAGAACAGUAAGAAACAACGCGAAUUCAAAACUGACAAUAUCGAACCACAAAACUUGGAAAACGAAGAAGCCAAUUAUGAUCCUGAAAUCGAUUUCGGAAAGCAUUUCUUGUCGUUUACAACACAUAUGUCGAGCGAGGACGAGAAUGGUAGAACGCUCGACGAUUCUACCAAAAAUGAGGGCAACUCUGCUCUUAAUAUGUCAAUGCAUGAAUAAGUUAUUUAUAGUUUAUAGUAGAACAGGGUUAUUUUGUGUGUUAGUCUCGUUUACGUUUUGUAUUUUUCCAAAUUAUUACUUUUCAGGAUUUAUAUAUUUGUUUAUAUAUCUUGUAAUUAUUGUUUAUUUUCAAAAUAACCCUGUGUGAACAUUGUUAUAAUUUAUCGCGCAUAAUAGUCUUAGGUUUAUCGGCGCCAAAAACUUAUCUUUACCGGUACAUUCGUUACUGCUUCAAGUAAAACUACAUUCAGGUGCCUCUGAAAAAAAUUUAAAGUAUUUUUAACACAACACGCAGUUGUGUAAAAAUAUAACACAUAUUUUUAUUGUUUCAUAUGUGUAUUUUGCCUUAAUUUCACGAGAGCUUGGGCUAGGGCACAAGCCUAGCACCGAACGUAUAAGAAACAUGGAAUUUGUCAGACUGUUCGUCCAAAGAACUGCCUUAUAUUAUGCCAAAUUGAAUUUUAAAUUACCAAAGUUAAUAACCAUAUAAUAAAUAUUUAAAAUAUUAACAUUUUUGCCAAAAAAAAACCUAUAUUUGUUGUAUGGUGUGAAAAUGGCUGCCAAAGAUAUUAACGGCUUGCUGAUUUAAAAAAUAUAUUUAUUUAAUUCCAUUAAUUACUUUUUUAAAUCCAAAGACCUCGAAGAAAAAUGAUAUGCUAUGCAUAAAAAUAUUUAAAUUGGUUUUACAUUAUAAUAAGAUUUUAUUUAAUAUUAUAAAUUAAUAGGGAAUUUAAAUUAUUACUUUUAAUAAAUACUUACAGUAUAUAGAUUAAACUAAUUUGUUUCUCGUAAUAUACUGUUCAAUUAAUUUUUAAUGUGCAAUAAUUACCUUGAAUGUUGCCAGUAAAUUCUACCAUUUUGGUAGUCCCGGCAUUUCCUUUUAGUUGUUAUGUAGUAAUAGUAAAUGUAAUGAAGUCGGAUAACAUUGAAACGUUAAAGUUGAAAAAUUUUCAUUUAGAUUUGAAAUACUUUAAAAUGUUUUAUUUUCCUCUUAAAUAGUAAUUGUAUUGAUGUUAUCCAAAUAGCCACGUUAUCUCUAUUGGAUAUUGCCGACUAUUUUGGUGUUCAAAUAUAUUAAAGGCAUUCUUCAUAGCAAGAAAUAUUUGUGAUAAACGUAACUGAAAUUAGGACCGAUAAUUAUUCUUCUGUUUUGACAAAUUCAUCUCUUAUUGUGCCGACAGUCAUCUUAUUCAAACAAUUAAUUCAAUAGAGAUAGUCAAAGGCGUUUAUAGUAUAUAAGUAAAUAUUUGGCCUUAACCUCGUGCUUGUCUGGACAUUGUCCGUUAUAAAAGACUUAAAUUUUAGUAUCUUAGUGUUUUAUCCAAAUACACAAAAGUCAAUCUAAUUAGGCGCUGCUUAAAAUUUUCUACACUUUUAAGUAAAUCCUAUAUUUGAAUGGCAUUUGAGUGCAGCUCUAAAGUUUUGAAUAUUUAUUAUCAUAUAGAAGUGUAUUAUGUGUUUUAGAUUUAAUCGAGAUACAGUUUGCCAUCUCUCAGAGAUGCCAAAAGCCCUUUAAACUAGUGUUAUUACUGAAGUCGUACUUAACGUGGUACCAAAUCUUUAAUAACUUUAAACGUAUGUUUAAUUGAACUGAGUAUACGGUUGCUGCGGCUUUGUAUCCUUACUUGUACUUAAUAUGUAUUUUAUAUAACUUUUGAAACAGGCCUAAUUGAAAACAUUGUUUUGUUGUUCCUUAGGCGUUAACGUUACGACGGUUUUAACGAGCAAUUUUUAAUAACAUUAAAUAAUUAGAACGAAUAACCCUAGUAGAUAUAUUCAAGGUUAAAAAAGAUUUAAAAAGCCUAAACUACGUUCCUAUAUUAUUUUAGCUCGCAUCUACUAAAAUGUUCUACCAAAAAUGUAUUUCUGAUCUAUUCUCAAAAGGAAAUAUAGAACUCGAAGUGUCCUUUGUUCGUUAUAAUGAGGGUAACUUUGGAAUUUAAUUCAGAGUUUGGAUGCCUUUCUUUACUUUCUAUGUAUGGGCGUAUUCUACUAAAUAUUGAAUCGUAUGUGUUCAGUAGUGUUUUUAAUUGGAAUUUAUGGUUAAAGUGUUGCCAGUAACAAAUAUUUAGUAGAAAGUUAUGCCCGUAAUCCAUGAAGUGCCUAUUUAGUAUAUAUAACAUAUACAUAACUUUAGUGCGUAAGUAUAAUUAUUGUAGAUAGUUUAUAUACCAAUAUGUACUUAUUGCCUUAAGAUUUUACGGUUUUAUUUGACUAUUUCAUAGGAAAUUUCGCUGAUAAGUAUGACAAAAAUAUAAAAAUUAAAUCAUUGUCAAGUUAUGUUAUUUUAUAACUUCUAAACGUUUGUUCACAGUAUUAAUUUUGUCUUAUAUUCGCGUUAUAUUAUUUACUAAUAUUAUGUACUUAGUAGAAUAAUUGGAAGUUUGAGUUUUAUCAUGCAUAAAGUUAAUAUUAUAGUAAAUGUAUUGUCAAUUUAUAAAAUUAUAAGUUUUCUUUCAUCCGGUUUCUCUAAUGAUCCAACAUUCUAUUAAAUCAAUACCUACUGCUGCUGCUUCCAAUUUCUAUGUUAUCAGGAAGACAGACAUAUGUGUUGCUACAAAUGAUAAGUCAAAAUGUUAUUAAUUUAUUUCGCGUUUAACUGUUUUAGGGGUUUUUUGUAAACUGUAUAUUUAAUGUUAUGUUAGAAACCGGAUUUUAAAAGUAAGUUUACGAGUCUGCUAUAUAACUCCGCCCGAAAAUAAUAAUGUAUGUUAUAUGUCAAUAAAUAUUUAUAUGUAUGCAA